AUGGAUCCCCACCAGUACAAUGAUACACGCGGCUACAGUAGCCAGCCUGCUAUGGGCUUUCCUUCUCCUUCCCGGCCUCAGUCCCGCCAUCCUAGCUCCAAUCCGAUACACAACAUACCAUCGCAAAACACCGCGGUGGGACAUCAAUUCGCACCUGUAGAAAACUGGCGGAAUGCCUUGUCAUCAGCCGGCCCAUAUCUGCAGAAUUCUUCCGAAAUCGGAUCAUAUGACCCCGAUCCGAUUUCGUAUCAUGAGACACAGCUAGGCGAGCCACCCAACGGGACUCGUCGAUUCUCUCGACAAGCCUCUUCCAAUUGGGUGGCAGAGAGCCAAUCGAGCCGAAACUCUCAGCCGUUCCCCUCAAUUGGAGGGAGGGACGUCGACAAUUCACAAGGUUUCUACACCCAACCUCCCACGAUUGCAGUUGGUAGUCAACGUUCAAGGAUUGGAUCCCCGGACGUUUCAGAACCUGCCACCCCCUUGCUGGACAAGACACCCGCCCCACUACCUGCGAGCAACAUCCGGUGGAACAAUAUGCCCUGGCUGAUGGAACGCCUAGCGGCAGAGCUAGCGGGUCAGCGAGUGGCCACGAAUGCUAAGAACAACGACGGCAACCUCGCUCGAGCGCAGUGGGAAGAGAUUGUGUCCGCUCUCAACGACCUGGCUAUUUCGAAGGGGGUUCACAACCUCGGUUUGACUGUCAGUAAAGUGCGGAACAAAGUUGCGGAAGUCAAUAAGGAGCAGUAUAUACCUCGCCGAGUCAUUGCUGGCAAGAGUGGGAAGAGUGGUUGGCACUUCGAUCGGAAGACGGGCCAGGCGCAUGCAGAGCCUCCAAUUUGGGAAGCAUGGUUGGCUACGCUAGGCGAUGACCGACCACUUUAUGAGAAGUGUAAAGAACCUUGGCCCAUUUACGAGCUAUGGGACAAGUAUCGAGGAGGGAGAGGUGCAACUCGCGAGACUGUCAAGAAGCCAGGUAGCCGCCCUUCAGCGGUAGCUCGGAACGCACAGCAAAGCGACGAGGGGGAGAGUUCAGGCGGGGAGAAUGAGAAUCCGUCUCAAACGCCGGAAAGAUCCACUGGUAGUCGCAAGAGAUCCCUAGCCUCUAGUACCCCGCAGAGCCAAGCUAGCCGAAGAAAACGCAGGCGCCAAGAAUCCUUGCGUGAACAACAAUCUCAAGAACAGAAGUCCUCGCUUGAAGCGAUGGUACAACUGUUUCAAAACAGUCGUCCCCCCUCUGUUGGUGAGAAGGCGGCCAAACUUCUGUCCAUGGACAAAGUUCGAUGGGGGCUGACCGCCAGGGAAGACUUCGAAAUCACCAAUGCCAUGAUGGAGAGUCCAUCGAAAUGCGAGUUCUACCUUGGCAUGUCGCCAGCCGAACGACAGCGGUGGGCGUUUGGGUACCUUAAAAUUGACAGGGUACCUCCACCCGUCGAUGAGCCGUCCAAUCGGCAUGAUGAUGACGAUGACGCCGCCGGUUCGAUAGAGGAUGAAGAUGAUGAGCGGGAGGACUUGGACGGCUUGGGUCAAUAUGGAAACUGGUAA